AUGUUCCUGGUUGAUUGGUUCUAUGGAGUUCUCGCAUCUCUCGGACUAUGGCAAAAGGAAGCGAAGAUUCUGUUUCUGGGUCUCGACAACGCCGGAAAAACCACCUUGCUUCACAUGUUAAAAGACGAGAGACUGGUCCAGCAUCAGCCGACACAGCAUCCGACAUCGGAAGAGCUGAGUAUCGGGAAAAUCAAGUUCAAAGCUUUUGAUUUAGGAGGUCAUCAGAUUGCUCGUAGAGUCUGGAAAGACUAUUACGCAAAGGUCGAUGCAGUGGUUUACCUGGUGGAUGCAUAUGACAAAGAAAGGUUUGCAGAAGCAAAGAAAGAGCUUGACGCGCUACUCUCUGAUGAAUCCUUAACAAAUGUCCCGUUCCUCGUUCUUGGAAACAAAAUCGACAUUCCUUACGCUGCAUCAGAAGACGAGCUUCGUUAUCAUCUAGGCCUAACCAAUUUCACCACUGGGAAAGGUAAAGUGAAUCUAGCAGGAACAAAUGUCCGUCCACUCGAAGUGUUCAUGUGCAGCAUUGUCAGAAAGAUGGGUUACGGCGAAGGAUUCAAAUGGGUUUCUCAAUACAUCAACUAG